AUGAAUCGACAACGGUUACUCAAAAUAUGGUGUUUGAAAAAAUUAGGAGAAACACACAGGUGCUACUCUUCAGCUGGAGAUCCAACCAAAUUGAUCAAUUUCUCUGAAUUCACACCUGAAAAAAUCCGAAACUUUGGAAUUGUCGCUCAUGUUGAUCACGGAAAAUCUACACUUGCAGAUAGGUUGCUGGAGUUAUGUGGAGCGGUACCUCCCGGGCAACAACAGAUGUUGGAUAAGCUUCAAGUAGAACGAGAACGAGGUAUUACAGUAAAGGCUCAGACAGCAGCGUUAAAAUAUCAAGGAUAUCUUCUCAACUUAAUUGACACACCCGGUCAUGUGGAUUUUUCUGCAGAGGUGUCACGAAGUUUAGCAGUUUGUGAUGGAAUCCUUCUACUCGUUGCUGCGAAUCAAGGUGUUCAAGCACAAACGAUUGCAAACUUCUGGCUCGCGUUCGAGAAGAAUAUUCAAAUUAUUCCCGUCAUCAACAAGAUCGAUCUUCCAGGUGCUGAUAUCAAGUCAGUAGAAACACAAUUGAAAAACCUAUUCGAAUUCAAUUCUGAAGAAUGUCUUCACAUUUCUGCAAAAAGUGGCCUCAAUGUAGAGAAGGUCCUAGAUGCGAUUGUUGAACGGGUUCCAGCUCCAACAGCGAAUGUAGAAGCUCCUUUUCGUGCAAUGAUCUUCGACUCUUAUUUUGACCAUUUCCGUGGCGCUAUCGCACAUAUUGUGGUUAAAGAAGGAUCAGUUAAAAAAGGAGACAAAAUUCGAUCAUAUCAAAAUGACAAGAGUUACGAUGUUUCAGAAGUUGGAGUUAUGCGACCUGAAAUGGUAAAAUGCACAGAAGUUAGAGCUGGUCAAGUUGGAUAUUUAGUUUGCAAUAUGAGAACAGUAAAGGAGGCUGUUGUCGGUGAAACUUUAUUCGCAGCUGAAACUCCCAAAGAAUCGGUUCAAUCAUUCGCCGAAAUCAAAGGAGUGAAAGCUACAGUCUACGCAGGAUUAUUCCCCGUGGAAACUGCAGAUUACGAAAGUCUGAAGCAAGCCGUAGAACGACUAUGCCUGAACGAUCCUUCUGUCACGGUCACUCCUGAUGCGAGCAAGGCACUUGGUUUAGGAUGGAGAAUCGGAUUUCUUGGUGUCUUGCAUAUGGAGGUGUUUGGAGCACGGCUUUCACAAGAAUACGAUGCAAGUGUGAUUUUGUGUCAACCGAGUGUAGAAUAUAGAGCAAAAAUCAAGGAUAACGAGAACAUCCGGAAGAAAAGAUACGAUGGAAUGGAAGAAGUGAGAAUUCUCGAUCCAAGUAAAUUCCCAGAAGAGAGUGACGUUGAUAGUUUCCUGGAACCAAUGGUUAAGGUUCGAAUGAUUGUUCCGAAUGAAAUGAUGGGUACUGUCAAUGGUUUAUGUUCUGAAUGUCGUGGAGAGCGUGGAGAAAUUUCGUCAAUUGAUACCAGCCGAUUAAUGAUUCUGUGGAGAUUGCCGCUAGCUGAAGUGGCUGUUGAUUUUUUCGAAAGGCUCAAGAAGUUGACAAGUGGAUACGCGUCUUUUGAUUAUGAGCCAGACGGUUGGCAAGAAACUCGAUUAGUCAAAUUGACCAUUUUAAUCAAUGGUAAAGAGGUCAGUGAGUUUUCACAAAUCCUACCAGCUGCUAUGGCUCGCGACCGUGCGAAAACCUUAGUGCAGAGGCUGAAAAGAGAAAUUCCACGCCAGCAAUUUGAAGUCACCAUCAAAGCCUGCAUUGGUUCUUCGACAAAAGCUUUAUCUCAAAUCGUCAUUCAGCCCAUGAAAAGAGACUUUUCACAACUCUUGAAAGGUAAUUUUGGCGGCGGUGGAAUGGAACGUUUGAACAAAAAGUUGAGUCACCAGAAAAAAGGAAAAGAACGAAUGAAGAUGGUUGGAAAUAUUCAGAUUCCGAAAGAGGCAUUCCUAAAUGUUUUGAAAAACUAG